UAUAUAAAUGGCAGACGUUCGUGUUUCACAUGCUGAGUCUCUUCGAAGUUCUGACAUUAUAGCCUCUUUAGGGGAAGUACAUUUGCGCAGCAAGAUGAACAAGACCCUGAUGUGCUUCAUUGUAGCGGCAGUUUUUAUUCGCUGCACUGAAGCCUUGUGGAGCUUUCCUGGAGUAGAAAAGCACGCUCAAUGUCUCGCUCAGUGUAACCCUGUGGGAAAUGGCACCGCAUGUGCCGAGGGAUGCACCUGCCGUCAUAAGGUGGACCAACCGGAACAUAUCGAAACGUGCUUGGUGACCGAAAUCGACCCGGCGCCGGUGUACGAGUGAUUCCUUCAUUGUGGAGAUAAAAAGCGCAGUUCAUAAAACGGCAGAUAGCCAGUAAAACUGCCAGCGUGGCCUCAAUCGGAGGGCGUCUUUGUUUGAACGCUAAUGCUACAUUCACUACGAGAACCAAAAUUGGCAAUCACUGGGAGCAUUGGCUUUAAUCAUCUAUAGCACAAAGCAAUUACCUUCGGUGAAGCAGAGUAAAGGAAAUCAAAUUACAA